ACCUUGUGUUAAGCUUACAAUUCAGAAAACUACUCCAGAAGCUUUAAAUGCAAAGUUUGAGCCCUCAUUAUGAAAGCGUUGUCUUCGCGCUGUGAAUGACCUGUUGCCAUAAACUACACUGGAGCGCAUGCUCGGUUUUUAUACACGCGCAAAUGUGCCCCAGGUGGCUAUUUUAGCUCCUGUCUUUAUACUGGACUGGUGGAGUAUGGUAUUACAGGUGCUGGGAUAUACAAAGCUGAUACUUCAGAUAGGCAGAGGAGAGUUUGAACCUCAAGGGGGACAAACAGUGAAAGACUUUGAUGUGGAAUACUAUAGGUACAAGAAUUCAUUGAAAGAGGAUGUAGAGAAAGCUUCCCUGAUCAUCAGCCAUGCAGGUUCUGGCAGCGUUCUGGAAGCCCUUGGCGCUGGUAAACCUCUCUUAGUUGUCAUCAAUGAAGAUCUUAUGGACAACCAUCAGUUAGAAGUUGCAAAUCAACUCUACAUCGAUGGACACGUGUUCUAUGCUAACACUAAGAAUUUAAAACAGACACUGGAGAGUGAGGACUUUUCAAAACUGAAACCCUUCCCAAGAGCGGAUCCAAAAACUUUCUCCAACUUUAUAGACUCUGUUAUGGGAUUUUCAUGACGAAAAAAAAAACGAAUUAUUUACAUCUCACAUUUUUUUAUUUAUUUAAAUAAUUCAUAAAUGAU